GAGACCCGCCGCCUCCCUCCUUCCCUCCCUCCCUCGCUGACUUGCUCCCUCCCGGGCUGCGGCUGCUGCAACCGCGGCGGCGGCGGUGGCGGUGGCGGCGGCAGCAGCGGGAGCAGUCUGGAGGCCGGCGUCGAGGAUUUGCUGCUGUCUCUGCUGCUCCAUCCUUCUUCCCACAGCGGCCCUCUCCUCUCUCCUAGCUCAAGAUGGCAGCCAGCAGCCCGGAGGUCUCUGAGAUGAAAGGGGCAGAGGAGGGUGCCCAGACCCAGGGAGAAGGGCCCGGCCAUUCUGAAGAUGGAACCGGCCCUCCCCAGGCCCCAGCUGGGGUCCCAGAUGAGCCAGAGACCCUGCCGCCAGGCCCAGACAUCACUGGGGCCCCUGUGGACUCAGAGCCCGAGGCUGGGCUGGCUCCAGAAACCACAGAGACCCCAACUGGGGCCCCAGAAGCAGCUCAGGCCACAGACCUCAGCGCCAACCCAGGAGGGGAAUCAAAGGCCAACUCCAGCCCCGAAGAAACACGCCAAGAGCUAGCAUCCAAACCAGAAGUGAGCAAAGAGGCCACUGCAGACCAGGGGACCCACCUGGAACCUGCAGCCCCACUCGAGCCAGCCUCAGAGCCUGCCCCCCAGCUGGACCCCCAGUCAGUCCCUCAGCCAGACCCCCAGCCAGCUUCCCAGCCCACCUCCACACCAGUCCUUCAGCCAGAGCCACCGACCCAGGAGGACCCCACCCCUGAGGUCCUGACGGAGAGUGGGGGGGAAAAGCAGGAGAAUGGGGCUGUGGUUCCCCUGCAGGCUGGGGAUGGGGAUGGGGAAGAGGGUCCAGCCCCCCAUCCUCACUCACCACCCUCAACAAAAACCCCCCCAGCCAAUGGGGCUCCACCCCGCGUGCUACAGCAGCUGGUGGAGGAGGAUCGAAUAGGAAGGGCUCACGGGGGCCGCCCGGGAUCUCCUCGGGGCAGCCUGAGCCGCCACCCUAGUUCCCAGCUGGCAGGGUCUGGGGUGGAGGGGGGUGAAGGCACCCAGAAACCUCGGGACUACAUCAUCCUCGCCAUCCUGUCCUGCUUCUGCCCCAUGUGGCCUGUCAACAUCGUGGCCUUCGCUUAUGCCGUCAUGUCCCGGAACAGCCUGCAGCAGGGGGACGUGGAUGGCGCCCAGCGUCUGGGUCGCGUGGCCAAGCUCUUAAGCAUCGUGGCGCUGGUAGGGGGGGUCCUUAUCAUCAUCGCCUCCUGCGUCAUCAACUUGGGCGGUGAGUGGGGGUCUGGGACAGGCCGGGAGGAAUGGAAGGGUUGGCAAGGGCAGCUUUACUAACCCCUGCCCCUGCUCUCUCCUGUCUGUCUGUCUUCCCGACUUAUUUGUCUCUCCUUGUCUCCCCCUCCCCGCCCCGCCCGUCUCUGUCUGUCCCUCCCUCUCCUCUCCCACAGUGUAUAAGUGAGGGGCUCUGCCCUGCAUUCCAAGACUUUUUUUUCCUGUUGGGAGCUGCCUUGGGCCCAUCCUCCCCUUGGGGGGGAGCCCAAUCCAUGGCCCAGGCCCGCACCCAUAGGGACCAAUGGAGCCUGAGCAGCCUUGUUUACAGCUUCUUUCCUGCUCCUGCAUCCUGCCAGGCUCCUCUGCCAACCGUAGGCUUCCCUGUUCCCUGCUCUGUGUCCAACCUCCCUGCACUUUUGCCUGCCUCCCCUCCAGCCUCUUGGCUUCCCUACCCCUGCACUUCUGGAAACCUCCCUGCACUUCUGGAAACCUUGCACUUCUGGAAACCUCCCUGACCAUCUCCCAGACUCUCUUUGCUCUCAGCCUUCCUGCAUCUCUUGCGGCCUUCCUGCACUACACCCUCCCGAAUCCCCUGCACCUCAUCCCGGAUCUCCAUUUCCCAACUUUUUAUUGUCUCAGCAUCCCCCCCCCAUUCCUCUCUUCCUUCCCUUCCUCAUUCAUCUCCCCUUCCCUCUCCACACCCUCCACCCCCUUCCUCUUCCUGCCUCCUCAUCUCCCCUCUGCAUCCUCUCCUCCACCCUCCUCCACCGUUUAUUCUGCAAAAACUCCAGCUCUUAGAUCAGGCUGGGGGAGGGGAGCGGUGUCUGGAGAGGGCUCCCUAGCCCGGGCUCGCGACUGUUCUCUGCAGGGACUACCCAGGCCCAGACACCCCCGGGGUGCCUCGGGGUCGCAGAGCUGGCAAGCCGGGCCUCGUUUGUAGAUUUGUGCAGGGGUGGCGGGUACUGUUCCGAACAAGCACCUGGUAGAAGGGAGGGGCGAGGCUCUCGAACCCUCCCCUGUCGGCCCGAGCAGACCUGCUCCGCCUGGGCUUUUUAACCCAGUCGGUUUGUUAAAGGCGUCGCGGCCGGAGUCAUUCACGUGCUUUGUAACUGUAACAACAGAAAAAAUUGGACCAAAGCUCCCAGCUGCAGGGAGCAAAGAAGGGGCGGAGAGAGCUGCGAUUAUUUUCUAAGAGGACGAGAGAGGUUUGUUGCACGCGACAGUUCACUGGGGAGGCAGGGUCUGAGCCACAACGCGGUUCGGAGUUGUUUUGGUUUUGGUUUUUUUGUGUUUUUUUUAAUAUAAAAAAAAGCGUAGGGGAAAAACCUAAAAGUCUUUAAAAAAAAAAAAAAAAGGAUACAUCAAACUGAUUCUCCCUUUUUGUAUGCCGGAUGCUGCAUGAGUCUGAAACACCAAUAAACGGAGACUGCAUGAUA